AAGUUACCUUAAAUUGAUGGUUUGGUAUUUUCAAAACAUCGAUAUAGAUAUUAUUUGAAACGUUAAGAAUUGUAACGCAGUCAAAUCCUGUGCUGGAACAUUUAUUUAUUUAUUUAUUACAUAUUUUAAUUACGCUGUAUAUAUGUAAUACCGACAAUGCUAAAAAUUUGCAAUAUUUGUGAGCAUUUAGCCUGGACGCAAAACUAUUUAUUAUCAGCGGUUCUUAACAAUUUACUGGAUAUCGCUCAGUAUAAAUCCGCGGGACCAAUUAUAGUACAAAAUGCAGACCAGAAAAAAGAUGGCAUAUUUUGUGAUAUUAGUUGCAGUGUUUUAUGUCAUUUUUAAUCGACGUUCUCUGUACCACUAUUUCAUUCGUCCAUCUUGUUCAAGAACAGAACAUUUUCAGACAACUUUUACGCAUGCGCAAACUAACCACUCCGAAAAACUAAUAUUGUUCUACACCUCAUUUUUUGGUAAAAAGCCAUGGAUUUUUGCGUGGGAGUUUUCCAAUUACACUGAAUCUUGUGGCUGCUAUUUCAGAGGAUGUAAAAUAACAUAUGAACAAAAUAUGUAUCCAGUGAGUGAUGUUGUUAUUUUUCAUGGAAGAAAUAUGCCUUGCGUGAAAACUUUAGUAAAAUUGCAUAGUCAAAGAAAACAUGGUCAAUUAUGGGCGUAUUUUAAUUUGGAGAACCCGCUUCUUACGCCCUCCGUGAAACCUCUAGAUGACUUUUUCAAUCUUUCGAUAUCAUACAAGCUUAAAUCAGAAAUCCACAUGCCCUAUCGUUAUCACAGACGUAUAAAUUUUAGAAAAGUUGGAAAUACAACUAAAAUUAACUACGCUAUUGGUAAAACAAAACUGGUCGCGUGGAUGGUUAGCAACUGCAAUAAAUUACGUGACGAUUUGGUGCGUAAACUCGCUUUAUAUGGUAUACACGUCGCAGUUGGUGGAAUAUGCAAAAAACAUUUUCGUAACCGGUUAAAUUGCAUCUCCGGGAACUGCACGGGAGAAUUGAAUAAAUACAAAUUUUAUUUCGCUGCUGAAAACAACCUUUGUAAAGACUAUAUCACUGAAAAGUAUUGGGAAAACAGUUUGCGUAGAAACCUGGUGCCUAUAGUUUUAGGAGGGGCUAACUAUUCUAACCCUGAUUUAGCUAUACCUGGUUCCUACAUAGAUGCGAUGAGAUUUAACAAUGUCAGGGAGUUGGCGGCGUAUAUUUUAAAGGUUAACUCAGACGAUAAGAAAUACAAUGAAUAUUUCAGAUGGAAAGAACACUGGGAGGUUUUAAAAUUUCAGCAAGGCUGCAAUUAUUUCGUCUGCAAUCUAUGUCAAAAAAUACAACAAAAAGCGAUUCCAACAAAAAGUAAUUCUUUAUCAUCAGUGUUUCAGCCAAGCGAUUGUUAUGGCAACGAGAUGUUUUUUAAAAAAUGGCUGCAAAGAUGAACUUUUUGAGUCGGAAGCAUUUAUAAGGAUAGCAAAGGAGCAAAUCUACCCUUCCAAGAAGCAUAUAAUUGCAUUCCAUGCAUGUGAAGU